AUGAAUUCCAGAGGGAAAAAGCUGGUACAAAUGGUUGUUUUUAAUAUGGCAAAUAACGAGAAUUUUGAUAGCGAUGUGUCGAUAUGUAGAAAUAUAGAAGAUGCACCAAAUUCUCAAGUGGAAAGUAAUGAGGGCCAUACAGAUAGCGAUAUGUCGAUAUGUAGAAAUGUAGAAGAUGCACUGAAUUCUCAAGUGGAAAGUAAUGAAGGCCAUACAGGAGCUCCAGUAAAUGAGCUGAUGGUACCAUCCUGUAGUCAGCGGUCCCGAUGUUCUUCAUUUAGCAGCAAUACAGAUGAUUCUUUUCUUGAUGAAACAUAUAAUCCAAGUAGUAUGGAAGAAUCUGAUUCAAGUUCAAACACAAAUGGAAAUCUGUACCGAAAGACGAAAAAUGAAACCGCAACAUUAGAUUAUAAAAAAGCAAAUGCUGGAGCACAUUCUGUUGGACUAAUGGUGGAUGGAUGGUCCAAUAUUAGGAACGAGGCUGUCCUAAACUUUGUUGUAACAACUCCAAAGCCAUUCCUUUUUAAAAUUAUGCCCACAGGCACUGCACCUCAUACUGCAGAAUAUAUGGCAAAAACCCUUGGUGCAGUAAUACGUGAAAUCGGUCCCCGAAAGGUAUUUGGUAUAGUCACAGACAAUGCAGCAAACAUGAAAGCUGCUUGGGCCUUGAUUGAAAAUGAUUUUGAUAAUAACAUUUUUACCUAUGGAUGCUUUGCUCAUUCUCUUAAUUUAAUAUUUACCGAUCUCAAAAAUUUAACAAGUCUGAAAUCGUUUACUGCCGAGGCUGUUGCCCUUACAAAGGCCAUCCGACAAAGCCACAUAUUAUCUGCGUGGGUAAAGGAAAAACAAAACGAAUUAAAAAUAAGUUGCAGUCUUAAACUCCCAGUGCCUACCAGAUGGGGAUCAUUAGUUCUUUGUCUACAAUCAUUGCUUGCUAACAAACAAAUAAUAAAAAGGAUGGCUAUCAAUGAAGAAGUUGAAAAGGCAACUGAUGCGACAGAAGUCAUAUACAAGGUAGCACAGAAGAUGCCAGAUGUCGAUGAAGCAGCCGUCUUAGCUGACGUCAAUUUUAUUGCAAAAGAAGGACUAUUCAAAAAGGCUUUUCUAUGGAAUGAGGACACAAUUGCAGCUAUCAGCCCUAUUGCCUGGUGGAGUGGUCUUUGCUCAAAUACCGCACUCUCCAAGUUGGCGAUUCGUUUUCUAGAGUUGCCAGCGACAUCAGCAGCAUGUGAAAGAUCCUUUUCUUCAUAUUCGGGAAUUCACACCAACAAGAGAAACAGGCUGACCAAUACUCGAGCGUCAAAAAUCGUGUAUGUGGCUCAUAAUUUAAAAUUAAUGGCUGAACUACAGCCAAGUGAAUCAUCCAGUUCAGAAUCAAUUGCUGGCUCUAGCUUCACAGUCAAUCCUGCAUUAGAAUCUGAACCGGAACCAAUGAUAAUAUCCAAUUCAGAUCAGUCGGAGUCUGUCUUUGAAAGUGAUGAAGAGGAAGCUUCAGAUGAAGAUGAAUUCAGUGAAUCCAAUAAUAGUGUAGUUCUGACAGAUGAAGACACAGGUAACCUCAUGGCGAAAAAGAAGGCAUUAACAGCAGCAGAGAGACAGCGGCGUUGUCGGGAGAAACGAAAAAAUGAUCCUGAGAAAGUAGCUGAAGUAAAGCGCAAGGAUUUAGAGAGAUACCACGCUCGAAAAAAGCUGGUGGCAAACAUGAGCGUGAGAGAACAUCAAAUUAUGAAGCGCAAAUGGCAACAAGGAAAUAAAAAAAGAAGAGAAAAGAAACAGAUGCUUGAAAACCUACUUUUAAAUACGCCGACUCCAUCGACAAUAUCAGAAGCCCCAGAAAUAAGUUCCAGUUCCUGUUGUGCUACACCGACUCCUUCGGAAGCAUGUAGUUCAAGAGGAAGAAAGAAAGUGAGGAGAGAUAGAACAAAGUUAUACAGAGAUAAUAUUAAGUUACAAGAUAAAAUAGACCAGUUAGAGAAAAAAGUUCGAAAAUAUAAAAAAAGAUUGCAAAGAAAGUCAAAGAAAUACAGCAGUGGCAAAGUUGAAAACAAUAGUCAGAGUGAAAAUAACUAUAGAGUCCUUUGUAAUGCCAUUAAAGAACGAUACAAAGCUGUUAAAAGUCGUAUGGAUUCUAAAGAGGAAAUGCGGCUCUUGCGGUUGUAUGAAGACGUAAGUACAGACGAUGAAGCAGAGUCAUAUUCAGCAAGUGAUGAAAGUUUCAGAGCAGAUUCGGAUCUUGAUAAUAGAAACACUGAAAUUACUGAUAGUGAUGACUCAGAGCAAACUACGGAUGCUAAUUUACAAGAGUCAGGUGGUUCACAUGAACCAAAUGAUAUUGUUCAAGAACUAGAUAUGGGAUGGCAUAGUAAUGUUGCUGACAUUAGUGUUUUCUGUGAAGAACCAUUAAGAGAGCAAAUAACAAUUGAAGGCGAUAUUCACACACCACUUGAAAUAUUUAGUACUGGUUCGGCUGCCCCUCCGAAAAAUUCUAAAGAGGAGAGACAUCAACAGCUAAAAUUUCUUGACGGUAUUCCCAACCACAGAAUCGGAGGAUCCAAUGUAUCAAGAUCACCAGGAGAACUACCAAACAGUGAAGAAGAUGUUGAUCUCAGUUUGACAAAUGAUGAUUGUAAUGAACCUACAGAUCUUUUAUCCGGUAAUACCGAAAAUGAAAAAAUUGACGCCGAACCUGCAGCAGUUGUAAAUAUUACAGAAUCAUCUCAGAAGUCAAGGAAACAAAUUAAAAUUGGAGGUAAACGUAAAAAAGACGACGAUCUGCUAAAUAUUUGGAAAGAAAGAGAUAAAAAACGAGAGACAUUUUUUAAAUCAAUUGUCAAAAAAAGAAAACAUGAUGAUGUAGAAGCAUUUUGCCAUCACAUUGGGGAAGUCUUACGAAAUUUACCUCCUGUGGAAAAAGCCGAAGCAAAAAAACAUUUAAGUAUGGUUUUGUCAGACUAUGAAAUCAAGGCCGCACGAAAUGCAUGUGCAACUCAAGGUUGCUCAUCUGGAUCUAAUUGUGCAUCAUUGCAAAGCUCCUCAGAUGAGUUGCCAGGUCCAAGUUGUUCACCACAUUACCCACCUUACACACCAGGAUCAGUUCACUAUCUGUCCAGUGAUUGUUCUCCAAUAAGUGCUACAGGAGACCACACCAGAACCGACAGAUUUAUCAGUACGGGACAAUGA